AUGGGAUUUUUGUUUGAAAUAAUUAGUGAAGUAAAUAACAACGAAAAUCUUAAGAAAUACAAUACUGAAUUACCUAAAACACUUAAUAAAAUUAAACAAGCGCUAUAUAAUGGUAGAGAGAAAUUCAACACCCAUAUGCCCCUUGUCAGUCAAGGUGUUGCGAGGUGGUUGAAAGAGGUGAAUGAAAAACAUCAAAGUGUGAUUACACCUCUAGAACAUUUACUACGCUUAGUCAAUAAUCACAUGUCAAUUGAUAUGAGUGCAAUCAUUGUUACAGAACAGUUGCAUAAUUGGCAAGGCUUUUCCAGUCUCUACGUUGAAAAAAUUAUAGAAGCUGAAAAAGCUCUACAUAAUGUUGACGAAAAUUUAGAAAUUAAAUUGGCACCUAAACUAGACUUGAUAAAACAGGUGGCACAAAAUUUUUGGUCAUCCGUUAUUGACCGAUCCGUGACAAAUUCUGUAGAGACGCUGUACAAUAAGUUAACCAGCAUUCCGCAAACCCUCACUAAACGUAUAUCUGCUAAAACACAAACCGUGCAAAGCACUCUCAAUGUAAAGUUUGAUAAGAUCGCAGCAAAUAUUGAGAAUUUUAAAAAAAUAAAAAACAGUCAAAUUCAGUCAAUCAACAGUGCUGUGUCGGCAGCCAAUCAACACAUUGUCGAACUGAUUGGUGAUUCCCAAAACGGUUUCGAUACGAAUUAUAAGAAUCAGAUAUCCAAAAGAUUCACUGCUCUGCGGAAUGAAAUUGAACGUUUCGUAAAGAAAGAUUCCGGUAACACGACUGAGCUUCUGAAGCAAUUCGAAAUGGUCACCAAUGGCAUCCGAGAGCUGCAAGUAAACGUUCAAGGGGAUUUACAAAAGCUGAAAAAUGACAUUACUGCACUUGCCGACACAGUAUACAGUGAUGAUCGUAACCCGCUUGUUAACGAUGCGUUGACCCAGCUUAAAAACGACAUGGAAACACUUAGGAAUACGACAGCAGCAAUCACAGCCAAGUCUGACAGUUUGCAGCGUCAAUAUACAGAGUCGUGCAAGGAGACAAUUGAUAUAUUUGCGAAUCAGUACGGCAAAUUGAGAGAGUCCAUUUACGGUCCGGGAUCUAAGUCAGUCACCGACAUCAAGAAGGGCUCCAUCGCUCAUCUUGUCACUGAACUUAUUGAUGCUAUUGGUGCCGUGGAUGUCGGGAUACUAGAUAGCGCCGUCACCAAAUUCCACGGUGAUGUUACACAGAGGAUAAAAGAUGCGGCAGAUAAGGCUGUUGAAAAGGCAGCUGAUCAAUUUAAAAUGAAAGGUGACGGUGAAGCUCAGAUAGACGUGACAUCCAUAAUGGUUCUAUUUGAUGGCGCCAAAACGGCGCUUGAUCAAGCCGCUUCUUCGGUAAAUGUACAACUUGAGGCUCUGAAAGAAGUGCCCGGCGUCGUCGAAGAAUCUCGACAGGGUGCUGAUACACUGAUGGAUAAGCUAAAAGGUGAGCUUGAUGUGCUUCAAUAUCAAAUUAAGGCAAUAGAGGAGCCUGUGAACGCUGCCAAUGCAGUCUUAGAUGCUGCAAUAUCACAGCUACAAACAUCUUUACAAGAUGCUCAAAGUACCGCCAACGUUACUAUGUCCUUGCUCAGAAGUGAUCUUCAAGCGACAACAAAUAAAGCCUUCAACGACUUGGAAGAGCACGUCCAGAAAAUGUUUGCCGAGCAAAAAAAAGCAGAGUUGCGUGCUGUCUACACAUCAGUGUCCAAUCAGCUCUCCUCCAUCAAGAGCAAUAUUGUCGACGACAUGGAUACGGGCAUCAAGGGCCUGAUGGGCAAGUUGAAGCAGACGUUUGAAGAACGCAGGGUAUAUCCGUCAGACACCGAAAUGAAUAUUUUCGCCGAUAAAUUGGCUUCAUUUUUUGCUAAAUUCCUAGAAGAAGUUACCUGGCAACGAGACGUCAGUUCCUACCGUGACCGUCUCACCCCCCUCAUCGCCGCCCUCUCCGCCCUCCUGUCCACAAUGCACGAACACCGCCACUUCUCCGCCACCGUCUCCACCAAGCUCGCCGACCUCCACGCGCAACUCGACACCCUCACCCCCGCAAAAUUCGCCGAGGCCUCCCCGCUGCUCAACGUCGUCAAGGCCGGCGUCCGGGCGUUCCACGGGGAGCUCGCGAAGCAGUACGUCAGCAGGUACUCGGGAGUCGAAGUGGGUGAGAUGGUGAAAGAAGACAAAAUAACGGCAUAUGGAACUAAACUCUCUAAGGUGUUUCUUACGUCACUUACCACAUUAUGUGACGACUUGAACCCUUUGAAAAAAUAUUCGGGUAGCACAUGGAGACAGGACAAAAUAUACAAAGACACGUCAAUUGGCUAUUUCCUUGCUCGCCGAGGUUACGAAGUGAAUUCUGAAAAAGACAAGCAGACUGGUGAGUUACAGGACAAACCUGGAAUGAUCGGUUUCCACAUCUUCAAGUUUCUUGAUAAGCCAAGAGGCUCCGACAAUGAACACCUCAAGAAGUGUAAAGAGGAAGGAAAUGAACAUGAUGAAAAAGUGACGACAGCCGCCACAAAAUCGCCAUUUGGUGUGGUUGGAAUACUGAAUUGCCUAUUCAGGCACCUUCAUCAGUAUUACACUGCUUGCCACCUCCGCCACAUCGAGAGACCAAAAUCACCAUCGUCUGUCUAUCAAAUGCUCGUAUGGUUGACUGGACUGUCUCACAACCGCGUGUUUUCGAAAGUAUCAGUCAGCGACAUUGGUGACCUGUUUGAGAAGCCUGAUGAAGAUUCCGGUGAAGGUAACCCAGACGGCCUACCUGUUCUGCUUAAGGACCCUGACACCUUGCCAGCUUACCCCCAAGCCAUCGCAGCGUCAACUCUGACAUCUACCAUUCAAAAGGUUUGCGUUGCUGCUGAAGAUGUGCUCACUUCCAUUCUCGGCCACGGCCACGCGGACGGCAUUUAUGCCGUUGACUUCAACACUAACCCCGACGGUUUCUCAUAUCCCACCGCCCCCGGUGCUUGCUUCGAUAUGCUGUGCGACGUGCUGAAUCGGCUCUACCAGCAACUUUUCUUCCUCUACGGCCAAUGCAGCAACGAGGAACCCUCCGUCAGUUGGCGUGACUGUUGGUACGGAAACCAAGUAGGCGGGUCCGACUGGAAGUGUAAUGCUAUGCAAUGUCCUAACCAAAAGGGCAACCAAAUACACAAGCAAAAGUGUAACCAAAACUGUAGCCAAAUUGCUCAGUGCGGUAUAAAAUCGCCGCUUCAGUCCUUUUUAGAGGAUGGUCUCCCUGGCUUUUUGCCACACUCCUUCACCAAGCCAGGUUGUAAGCUGACAUGUACGCUCUCCAACCAUAGAGGUAUCCCUUGCAGAACGCCCAUGGGCUUCGCUGACAUCAGUGUCACGGCCUCUCACAGGCAGACGGGAGCGUAUCUCAAGAAGGUGCUUCAUGACUUUUGCGGCAGUGAAUCUGCGCCACUAACGAAGCUUUGCGCUCAGCUGACGUGUCUUUUGCAGAAACCUCCGCAGACGCUGGGAGACAUCUUUGCGUUUUACUAUGGUUACCUCGGAGGAUGGGCAGCUGAUUUCUAUGGAAACUUCGGAAAAUCGAAUCCGCAUACACAAGCCGCAUUUAAGCAGGCUGUCAACGAUGCGUACUUCGGAGAACAAUAUGGACAUCUCGAUCCGACCUCGUUGGUUAGCAGCAGUAAACACGGCGAUGAACAUUCGAAAGGUAAUUUAUGCAGCAUCGCAAAUUGCGAGUCUGGCUCAGUUGCGCCAUGUGGUCUCUAUGUCAAGUCAAUGACACAGGACAUUACUAGGUAUUACUCUGCCGAACAUAAGGCCAACCAUUUGUCGUGGAUCGUGUACAUCACGGAGACAUUCUGCGAUCUGCUUAAGAAAUUAUAUGACGACUGUUGCAAGAAAUGUGGUCCAGCCGGAAGUAAAUGUCAUGUGAAGAGCUGUGUUGAAAACUGCCAAGUCAAAUACACUGAUUCAACAGGGAAGCCUACGAGUCUAUCCCCUACCCACAACCAUUCGACUUACUGCAAAUCCAUAGUUAACUGCCGUGACACUCACCCUACCCUGUACAGAUACGGUUUUACCUUCGGACACCCAUGGGGACUGAAUGGCUCUGGUAAUAAUGAAGGGUCUAAAAGGACGUGCAGAGAUUUCUGCGAAGCGUUGAAGAAGAUGCUUGCUGAAGGUUCGGUGCUUAUUGAAUUACGCAAACAAAUCGACCAAUUCUUGUGGGAUAUUAGAGAGAAAUUCUCAUUCACAGUAUUGGCCCUCUGGCUCCUCUCUUUGUUGUACCUCAUCCACGUCAUGGUCAUCCGCCUAGACCUGCUCCACAUCAAAUCGCAUCUACAUAGUCCCUCAUCUCACCGUAUCGCUGCUCAAUCACUACUCGCCGCCGCACGUGUUAACAAGCUUAACAGAGUGUUUUAUCUGCAACCUUAA